AUGUCUUUAUUUCAUACUUCUUCGGGCAGAAUUCCAAAUAACCAACAGGAGAUUUAUGAAGACUUACCUCCUUCUUACGAUGAAUCACAAGCAUUAGUCGUUGAACAAGUCGAAACUAUUACUGAAGAAAAGCAACCUACUUGUCAGAAAGACUGA